CCGAUGUGAUUGAGAGAAAGAAAAGCGCACUCUUGCGGUGCUUCACCAGUACAGCACGGGAUCGCCAGAGGGCGCUUUUGGAUGGUUGAACGCAUUUCGACUUUGUGCGCAGACGCAGCUUUGUUCCCGCGAAAAUCGUAGCAGAAAAACUAUCACCGUUUCACUUUUGUUGAGUUAAAAGCCAGGACAUUGGCUGUGAACACGAACGUCUCGUCGUCAGGAUGAGUCUGUGGGUGGACAAGUACCGACCGACUUCCCUGAGCAAGCUGAGCUACCACACAGAGCAGGCGGCGCAGCUCAAAAGACUGGUGCAGAAUGGUGACUUCCCCCACCUGCUUGUCUUCGGUCCGUCAGGUGCAGGUAAGAAGACGCGGAUCACCUGUCUGCUGAGAGAGCUGUACGGUGCCGGGGUGGAGAAACUCAGGAUCGAACACCACAACUUCACGACCCCCUCCAAGAAGAAGAUUGAAAUCACCACAAUCGCGAGUAAUUACCACAUAGAAGUGUGUCCAAGCGAUGCAGGUGUACAGGACCGAGUUGUUGUUCAAGAGCUCAUCAAAAUGGUGGCCCAGGCACAGCAGCUCGACUCCUCAACACAGCGAGAGUUCAAAGUGGUUCUCCUGACAGAGGUGGACAGGCUGACAAAGGAUGCCCAGCAUGCAUUGCGGCGCACCAUGGAGAAGUAUGUGACGACCUGCCGGCUUAUCCUCUGCUGUGAGUCCACCAGUAAAGUCAUUCCCGCCAUCAGGAGCAGGUGUCUCGGGGUUCGAGUCCCGGCACCGUCACACGAACAGAUCAAUAGUAUCCUUCAGACGGUGUGUAAGAAGGAGGGGCUGACGCUGCCACCUGAACUGGCCAGUCGAAUCGCUGACAAGUCUAGCCGGAACCUCCGCAGGGCCAUCCUGAUGCUGGAGGCCUGCAAAGUACAACAGUACCCAUUUCGGCCUGACCAGCAGGUAGUGGAGGCAGACUGGGAAGUCUUCCUGAGGGAAACAGCUAAUGCCAUCGUCAGUCAGCAGAGCCCUCGGAGACUGCUGGAGGUUAGAGGUCGUCUGUAUGAGCUGCUGACCCACUGCAUCCCUCCUGAUGUCAUCAUAAGGGGCCUGUUGGCAGAGUUGAUUGACAGUUGUGAUGGACAGUUGAAAGCGGAGGUUACACAGUGGGCAGCGUACUACGAACAUCGCCUGCAGCUCGGCAACAAGUCCAUCUACCACUUGGAGGCCUUCGUCGCCAAGUUCAUGUCUAUCUACAAGAAGUUCCUGGACGAGGGAAUGGCGGCCAUGAUGUUAUAGUGUCAAGGUCACGACAGCUGAAAUACUGUACAUAGUGCCAAGGUCAUGGUGCCUGUCAAGUUGAAUUUUAGGUUC